UAAAUCGGGUACCGCAUCGGUAUCCGAAACUGUCUUGACUAUUAUCACCCAAAUUAUAAUCUGAAAUUCUUCAUGCACUAAUAAAAAAAACUGAACAAUAUAUGCCUGAAAUAAGUAAGGAGAACGUAGUUCACAUGGGAAGGUUAUCUUUGAACUGGAUAUCGUUCCAUAUUUUAAACCGAUUCCAACUUUAUAGAAAUGUCGAAAUUCUGUCCGCAUCCAAAUUAAAUCCGAUGAACCUUUGCCGCAUGGCCUCCCUCACGACUAAUCCGUCGCUACAACACUCCUUCCCCACUUCCUCCACCACUUCUACCACCACCGCCGCCGCCGCCACGCGGAGAGAGAUGAGCAUUAUAACGAACGGAAGCCAUCAAUGGCAAUUGCGUUUGUACCAUCUACCUCAUGGGCUUCCCCCCAAAUAACGCAUGCAUAACGUCCAUGGUUCGCCCGCCUCUACCAUCCUACAAAUACCGCCACCACCACCACCCCUAAACCAGUACCUGAUUCGUAAGAGAUAGAGGAGAUAAGAAGACAUCGCCGAUCAAUUGACCAUGGCUAAGUUCACCGUCAUCCUGCUGAUUGCCAGCAUCAUGUCAGCUGCGUCCGGCCGAGAAUCGCCAUUCCGGCUGGCGGUUGUCCAAAAGGACGGCGGCCUCAUGCAAUGCUGGGACGCGCUGGCGGAGCUGAAGGCCUGCAGCGGGGAGAUCAUCCUCUUCUUCCUCAAUGGGGAGGCCUACCUCGGCCCGGGCUGCUGCAACGCCAUUCAGAUCAUCACCCACGAGUGCUGGCCCUCCCUCCUCACUGCCUUCGGCUUCACCGCCCAGGAGGGCGACAUACUCAGGGGCUUCUGCGACGCCGUGGUCGCGGAACCGCCGGAAUCAGGCGACGAAGGGGCGGCCCCGCCUCACGUUGGUGACGGUGGCAUCUAAGUGGUUGUUUUCUUAAAGUUGCAAUCUCUAUGCUUCUUGGGAUUCACGUUCGGUGUCUUGAGUCUGUGCUCUUGUGUGGGUUAUGUCGCGUCUGCGUGUCUUAAGUAUCUACGUACAUUUGUCCGCUUUCUUGGUGCGUCGAGAUCUUACUUGUCGCUGUUUGUCUCGUCACUGUGUUGAGAUUUUAUGGUUGUUUCGA